AUGGCUUCUUCAGAGAACCCAUCCCAAUCCGGGAGCAGAACCCGUGUCAUUGUCGGGUUAGAUAUUGGAACCACGUUUUCUGGAAUUUCGUAUGCAGUAUUGACGCAAAACCCGGAUCUACCGACAUCCUUCUGGUGGGAAGUUGACGGCAGAAAGUCGCAGAAAAUCCCAACCAAAAUCGAGGUCUCUGAAAUCCCUAUCGAAUGGUUUAAGCUUAGCCUGCUACAUCGUGAUGACCUACCAACGGAUGUACGAAACUCACCGAAGUUUAUUAAAUUAAACAAUACCCGGGAAGCUAUGAAUAUCACAGCCGUCAAUGCUACAGCGAAUUACAUUAGCAAGAUCUGGAAUGUCUUCCGUGACGAGCUUCAAAAAGAGUUCCCCGACCCUUAUAUCCAGUUAACAGUCACUGUUCCUGUGGUUUGGCCUAGCAAUGCUCGUCAAAAGAUGAAUGAAGCCCUCCAUGAAGCACGUAUUCUCAAUGAGAAUGUGGUACUGGCUCCCAAAUUCCUUGCCGAGCCAGAGGCUGCGGCUCUGGCAUUCUUUUCUACGGCAUACUACCUUCAAGAGACACAAAUCUCCAAACUUCAACCUGGACAUGUUGUCAUCGUUUGCGACUGUGGCGGCGGUACCGUUGACACGGGCGCCUAUGAAAUAUGCUCCGUUCGCCCCUUCCGUGUCAAAGAGGUGCUUCCUGGCCAAUGUAUCCUUGCCGGAGCUUGCAUUCUCGACGAUGCAUUCAUGCAACUUCUAAAGGACAAGGUCGAGACGAUGACCUCUCCCCGGGCAUUCCAGACCUUGACAGAAAAGGAUCUUCACGGCAUAGUCUACAACCACUGGGAGCUUGAUAUAAAGGUGUGCUUUAAUGACAAUUUCCCAACCAAGCAUAUUUACCUGCCUAUCAAGUGGGCUGCGAGCCGCUACAAAAGAAUGCCCGUUGGCCAAGGAGACGAUAUCACAUUCACCCAGAAAUUUAGUGGUGAUCUUGCUUCGGUCUUUAACCCCAUUGUGGGAAAGAUCACAAGCCUGAUCGAGAUGGAGAUGCAGAAAAUCUCCAGCUCGCUUUCGAAGGACGUGUCGCACCUCAUUGUGGCUGGAGGUUUCGGCCAGAAUGGCUACCUGCGACAGAAAGUUGUGCAGACAGUGAACAGAGUUUCUCCCACCACCAACAUUCUCGAAUAUCCAGAUGGACAAGGGUGGAAUGCUGUGUCCUGGGGAGCCGUUAUCCAGGCUCUCAAAGCGCAGGCGAUUCAGCAACCGGUGCUAAUAACCUCAAGAAUCGUCAGAGCUAGCUGGGGAGUGCGUGCUAGCCACGGGAACUCAGUCUUCUGGCUCGUCCAUGACAAUGAAUCCCUUGACGCCACCAGCCCUAAUCUACGACCUAUACCCGUAGAAGCUCUCUCGGCCGAGGAUCCCGCCAGCAGUGAAGUUUUCAGUAUUCGUGUCUGCCGCACACAGCAGAAUGCAGGCCAAUACCAUCAAGAUGUCUGUCGACUCAGCUGGAAGACCGUUGAUGUUGGGUUGAAGUCCGACAUGAAUGCUGAUCUGAAAGCCCCUUUGCAGAUCGAAUUUAUAUGGGACGGGGCAGAGAUGGGAUUCUCGCUGAUUUAUGGUGGUGUUCAGCAGAGCUCGGUGAAGGUCGAGCACAGUUGGGAAUUUUGAGCGGCGGUUGCCUUUCGUUAAACCUAGACCCCAUGCUUAGGGUUUGUCAACAAUUGAUCGUAGUG